UCUCUCUCUCUCUCUCUUCUCUCCGUGGAAGCGUCGAAGGGCGUGGGCGUCAUGGCGAGCACGAGCUCCCCAACGCUGCACCUGUCGACGGAGCUGAAGUUCCCGUUCGACCCAUCCCACCGGAGAAGCCGGAAGAUCACGGUCGCUCCUUCCUUGUCCUUCGGCAAGACCGACCGCUCCCCGGAGCUGAUCGCCCUCCGAUACCGCCGACGUCGCGCUCCCGUUCCUCCGAGCUCGUCCCUGUCCAAUGCCGUCCUCAACGAGCACACGACCCAGGACCGGGUCCGAGACGACAACGCCCCAAACCCACCACAGCUCGAAGUCCAGAGCCGAAUAUGGACUUGGAGGGGCUAUUCGAUUCGGUAUCAGUGUUGCGGAGACAGCGGACCUGCUUUGAUUCUGAUUCAUGGUUUUGGAGCGAACAGUGACCAUUGGAGGAAAAACAUUCCAGUUCUUGCGAAAUCGCACAGGGUAUACGCCAUCGAUCUGAUUGGUUAUGGAUACUCCGACAAGCCAAAUCCUCGUGGUUUUGGAGAUGAUUUGUUUUACACAUUUGAGACAUGGGCGACACAGAUAAGCGACUUCAGCGUUCAAGUGGUCAAAGAUAAAGCAUUUUUUAUAUGCAACUCUAUUGGAGGAGUUGUUGGCCUUCAAGCAGCUGUGAUGCAGCCGCAGAUUUGUAGGGGUAUCGUCAUCCUGAACAUCUCUCUUCGGAUGCUUCAUAUUAAGAAGCAGCCAUGGUAUGGAAGACCUCUGAUCAGAUCAUUCCAGAACUUGCUGAGAAAUACAUUGGUAGGGAAAUUCUUCUUCAAUUCUGUUGCGACACCAGAGUCUGUGAAAAGUAUCCUUUGCCAGUGCUACCAUGACACCUCCCAAGUGACUGAUGAAUUAGUUCAGAAGAUCCUUCAACCAGGACUUGAGCCCGGUGCUGUCGAUGUCUUUCUCGAAUUCAUUUGUUACUCAGGUGGUCCACUUCCGGAAGAACUACUGCCGCAUGUGAAGUGUCCUGUUCUGAUAGCAUGGGGAGACAAGGAUCCAUGGGAGCCCAUUGAGCUUGGAAGAGCCUUCAGGAGUUUCGACUCUGUGGAAGACUUUGUGGUGCUCCCUGAUGUUGGUCACUGUCCUCAGGAUGAGGCGCCCCAUCUUGUAAACCCACUCGUUGAAUCUUUUGUGGCUCGUCAUGCGACGCGAUCAACUGCAUCAACAUAAUGAAUUGGAAGACCAUUCUUUGUUUGUGAAAUUCAUUAUAGAUGAUACCUUCCUUUUUUUCAGUGUCCCUCAUAACGAUUGGUGUAAGAAUGCUUAAGAAAUAGUGACAAUUUGUACUGCACUGAAAUGCUGCUGCGAAGCAAGCCACUGCUUCUUGAUGAAUGCGUACUUCUUCAUAUA